GCGGCUGGGGGCCGGGCCGCCCCCUGGGCCAAGGAUCCGCACAAACAACCCCCCCGCUCCGCCCCGCCCCGCCCGGGGCUGUCCCGGGGCCACGCUGGGGUCCUGCCCUUGGCCCGGCCCCAGCAGCCUGGCCCGGCCCCCCCGGGACACGGCAGGAUCAGGCCCGGGAUAAGCGGGGGUCUGCAGUCCGUUGCCCCAGUGAGACCCCUGGGGGGGUCCCUGGGGGGGGGGGUUAGCAGGCCUCCUUCGCCGUGAGCCGCCCUGCGGAAUUGGGGGCAGGGGGAUGGCGGACCCGAGCCCUUUUUAUCCUGAUUAUUUCACCCCGAAAGGGGCUGUGAGGAGGCAUUUCUCCUGAGCUGGCAGCUCGGCUUGAGGAGCGAUCUGGGGAAAUAUGUCGGCCACAAGAGCCUGGGAGGCAAAUCGCCCUCCUGGGUGUUCAGUGUCACUGAGCCUGGCUAAUGGGCUAGGGGCACCGAGCAUCCUCCAGGGGGGAAAUGGAAGAACAUCCCAUAUGCCAGCCUGCUCCUACCUCCCCCUUUGCUGGCUGCAGAUUGUGUGCCCGGGCAGGUCAGGUUACCCACCUUUUUCAUAGAUCUUGCCAUGGCAGGAGGCAGGAUCUUGAUCGAACAACUGCUCUGCUAUUAGCUAUUAACUCAUUUCACACCAACCCCUUAUCCUAUACAAAGACAGACCCAGGAGUGAAGGUUUUUUUGUUCCAGAAGACAAGCCUGUUUAGGGAUUGUAAUCACCAUGGAAAUUGGAUUUCAUUUAUAUUUGUUUAUACCCACACUUAUGUCUUCGACACUGAUACCUAUCUACUGUGCAAACCUUUCUGAUACACCAGUAAACCUUUCAGUCCCUACCUCGUUUAUUUAAUAUCCAGAUCUGUUUCUGGAAGCCCGGAGUCUGGUAGCAGAGCAAUUCCCAAUAAAAUAAGUCAUUUAGAAGCUUGACAUCACAGCCUCUUCUGUUCUGCAAACCACGCUUUGCCCCUUGGAGAUGUGGAUAAAACUGCCUUGAGUCGCCUUUGCUGGAGCCCAUAAUGAGUAAAUCCAAUGAGCAUUCUCUUCCCAACCCUGACAAGUUGGAUGAGUUGCCCCUGGGUCUUUCUGCUGGGCUUUACAAUUGCUAAAUAGGGUUAAAAAAUAAAACAAUACACAUCACCAGCUACCUCACCUCUGCUGUGUGUGUGAUGCCUUCGUAAACCUGUGUUGUUUUCUUGGAAUGACUCUCAGACACACCAGCUCUGUGUAGCCUAUCCAUUUCUUUUUCUUUCUUUUUUUCCUCCUUCCUUGUGAUGAUUUGUGAGACCAGAAUGACUUUGAUUUCAGCAAGUUUGCUGUUUAUUCACGUCACAAGUUUGACAGCUUUACACCAAAUCAGAUUGCUGGGAUUCAAGAAAGCUCUCAGGCGUCACUGGAAGCUCCUUUAGAUUAGAACUCGCCUCCCCUGUCUUUUCCCCCUUCAGAGCCAAUUAAAGCUCGCUGGGGCUUUAAGAGGAAACGUGCUCCCAAGCCCUGCAUCUCCUUCUGCCACUAAAAUGGUAAGUGCUUUUUGGAUCUCUCUCGACCUGAAGUCAGAGGGGGAAAGCUGGUAUUUUGUCUUGAGGGUUUGCAAUGUAUUUUGUGCCCUGUUUGUUUAAGAUUGGUAGUGAGGAAGCUUACCCUGUACCUGGAAACCCAUAGCUGUGGGGGCUCAUUUUUGAGGAUCUAAGCUUUGUCAUUGCCUUGCAAAGACUUCUCACUUGCAGCAGGUUUGGCUUAUCUAGGGAGGGGGGGGGAGCCACACACUUCCAGGAACGAACCCAGACUUUUCCUGAUCAGUGGGACCAUUGCAAAUUUGCAGAGACUGGGCACCGACUGGAUGUGAUUCUCCUAACUUUGUGUAGACGGUUGGAAGACUUUAAUAGCCAGUGACUCUCAAGAUAGGUCUGGAUCGCUUGUUCCUUUUCAACAAACUAGUGUUUCCAAGCGAAUUGAAGCGAAUGAGCGUCGCUCUCUCGCAUACCUUUGCUUGGUGCCUUGAUGCUGGAGCUGAUGUGUGUGCUAGAACUGCAGGAGGUGGUGACUCACCGCGAGGUACUUCGAGGUAGCAGCCUAAGGCUGUUUAAAGCCCAGGGGGGAGUGCCUUCGCUCUGAUUUCUGUCUCUCCUUCAGAGGUGACCCUGCGUGUUAAUAUGCUGGAGGAAGGGAUCGAUGGGCGGACAGGGAAUCUCUCGGAGAACUGGAGGCGAAGCUGUGGAUGGGAAUAUACAUAGCACCAUUCUUUCUUGCCAAGAUCCGUACUUUGUAGGGGGCCCGGGCCACGAUUGCCCCUGUUCCGACUCAACGUCAGCAGCCAGUGUUGAUGUUUCCAAGGAGACUUGGGUUUCUUUCUGGGCUUCUGGUCUCCUGGACGACACCAGCGAGAACCAACAAGAAGGACAGGCCCCGGACCAGUUCUGUGGCUUGGGUUUUACUAUUCCAGAUGACACGUGGCAAGGAGAUCAGCUGUCCUCCCAGCUCUACAGAAACAAACAGCUUCAAGACACCUUGCUACAGAAGGAAGAGGAACUUGCCAGGUUACAUGAAGAAAAUAACAACCUCCGACAAUACCUGAAUUCUGCCGUGGUUAAGUGUUUGGAAGACAAGGCAAAGAAACUACUGCUGCACAGUGGCCAGAAGAAACACGCAGUUCUCAAAAGUGGCAAGAGGAAAUUUAAAGAGGACAGUUACCUGGCCCCUCGAGAGACUCCUAACCCCUCAAAAGCCAGGAGGAACCUACUCAGUGAUUUUACUGCCUGCGAAGAACAAGCUACUCCGCCCGUGGAUACCUGGGUACUGCAAACCCUGGGACUAAAAGAUAUCAACACUAUCGAUGAGUCUCUAUCAGCUAACUACAGUGCCCUGUCCUCUGAGCUUGGAAAAAGCUCAUGCUGCCAGAGCCAUGGAGAGGCAAUGGACUACUGUAAUGAUGAGGACCCAAUAGCUGCUUAUGGCUGUGAUCAGAUGACUCCUAUAACCAGCGCUGCCACUCCUGGGAAGCAGGAUUUACCUUACAUCCAGCCACUUUCUUCAGCACCAUAUGCUUCCUUGACCCUGCCCAGCGAUGCCCCUUUCCCACCUUACGGAUUGCCUUACUUCGCCAAUGAUGUAUCACCAAACAAAACCGAUGUGGCCUUUACAACCUCCCUGAGCCCCCACCGCAACGUCAAAACACACACCUUCCACCAGGGACAGGUCUUCGUGCGCCGAGAGGAGGACGGAGGCUGGAAAUUCACCUGGGUCCCCAAGCAAUCCGAGUGACUCCCCCUUGCCCCCACUUCUGAGCACUGCCAUCAGUGACAUGUUUACAAACACUUACAACUGCAGAAACCUUUCUUGCACUUAAGAUUGAUGCUGAGAACAGAAGCAACAUCCCCUACAGGCUGUUAUCUCAUGCUCUCUGAAAUGCUACAUUAUAUCAUCCACCCAUUCACCUCCGCACGCUCCUAAUUCUUGCAGGAAUGGCUCCAGAUUGCCUUUGGAAAUGUAUCCGCGCAGGGCCAGAUGUAAAACUAGCCCCCCAUUCAGUUCAGCUCUCUCCACAUCUGUGAGACCAUCUACCACCACUUAUUCACAACCCCUCCGCCACCAGCCAGCUUCUGCCAUCUUGUACCUUCCUGGCUGAAAUGUACCCAACCAUUCCUGUUUCUGACACUCUGGUGACCACCCCUACCUGGACUGGGAAGCCAGGAGCUGGAGCAAGGUUUUUGGGAGGACAGUUAAGGAGCAGCGUCUCUGCCACAGCCCUUUUGUGCCGGCAUCCUAGGGGACCACAGCCAGAGAAUGAAGGCUGGUUCUCUGGCUGUUAGAUCAGUGAUGUUCUGGAGAGUGGAGCCCCCAGUGGCUGCAUAAAUUGCAUAGGAGGAAAGCAAUUGCUGAUCUGUUGUCCUUUAAUGUAAUGCUUGGUUGGUUUACAUACAGUCACUUACGGCUGUCGUUUUUUGAGGCGUCCUCAAAAUGAGCAGGAUUUGCUCCCAUUGCCUGCAGGUUGCCUUGUAAGUGACAAGUAACACGUCAAAUCUAAUGGGUUUUCUGCGCUAACCAAGCAGCUAGCACAUUUACCGCAUGACGCUUUUCAAAGCUAUUUCCCUGGUGAGACAGCCUGUAGCUGGACAUGCGUUAGCGCUAUCUCUGGAGAUACAGACAAUGAGUCAAGCCCUCAGCAGCUGUCAAUUGGUGUAACUCCACUGACGUCACCAACUGAGGGUCCGGCCCAAUAUAUUGGCAGGAGAAGUUUUAUAUAGUGUGGAAAAAAUAUAUUUGGUGCCUUACUAGCCACCACGAAGGAUACAUUCUUUUCCACUCACAAUAUUCUCUUGGCCCCACCACUGGUUCACGUGCUGUCUGGUACUGAGUCACUUCCAGGGACAUUCCUUGGGUUGUCUUCAAUAUUGUGCUAUGGGCUAGGGAAAACUCUUACUCGUGAGAGCAGCCCUUAUCACACUCAGUUUCUGCUGCUUUCACAGGGCUACUGUGGACAGUAAAAGCCAGUCUUGUGAAGUCUGGCAGUUGCUUUCCAUUCCAGAAAAUGCCAUGUAGACCGUUCAGUUCUGGUUUCCUUUGAGGGUGUGCGGGGAUCCAACUUUACACAAGAGCAACACUGGCCGGAAUGUUGGUUUACAGAAAUUGCUGUUGGUAAUGACAGAAUUGGGCUUUUCUAGUACACUUGCUCUGCGGAAUGUAUCCCUCAAUUAAGGGGUAGUAUCAUUGAGUGAUUAAAGCAGUUGAUUGCAAACCACGUCCCAUUCGAGGUUCUGCCACUCACAUAUCUCCCAGGGUUGUGAGGCUAAAUACAUCACUUUCUUGAAAGCGCAUUCAAACCCUUGGGUUCAGUGUGCUAGUCAACUGCACCGUGCUUUUGUUAAACUAACAACAAAAUGAAGUCAACGUACAGGAAGUCAACUUACCGACCACACAUUUUAUGUGACCCUUAUUUGCUAAUUUACCCCCCUUUGACUUUUUGAUACUUAAAUAUUGGUAGCAUUGAAAACCAAGGGACCAGUCUGGCAAUCCUGGCUCUCAUUAUUUGUCCUAUUGACCUCAGUGCAACUGUUGUCCUUGUGUGAGUAAAGGUCCUCCAGUUGCUUAUUUUAAUAUAAAAUUUAGAUACAACUUUAUUCUAUUUUGAUGAGGAUUAAAAUCCAUUUUCUAUUCAAAAUAUUCGCUUGUGCCUUAGAAUCUCAGUAUUUUAGCUUCUGAUUCAGGAGCUAAACUAAUUCCUCCCAUGGUAUUUAAAUCAACAAGCAAAUCUCUAUUUGUUCGUAACUUAUUUUAAAAUGAUGAGGCAGGCUUUCCGUGCAUAGAAUCAACAGUUUAAAUGCUUGCAUUGGAGGGAACAUAAAUUAAUUAAUGUUUAACCCAGUGCAAUAAUAACCCCAGGAGUUUGAUGCUGUUUCCAUUGAAGCCACUGGAGGUUUUGCCAGCUUCAGCAAGAGCAGGAUCCAGGCUACUGUUGUUCCGUAGCAAUGUAAUUUGCUGCUUAGGUAUAUUUUAAAUAAAAGCAGAAAAGUUGUUCCUGGUAAAAAUAAGUCCUCCUUUCUUUUCUUUUUUUUUUUUUUUUUUUUUAUAAGCAAGACAUUAGCCAGCUCUAGCCCAAACUGUAUAGGAUGAUGUUGAAGAAAAGUACAGAUAGGGUGAUGUUUUGUACAGUUAAGGUUACUGUUGUACAGAGUGUAGACAAUUCAUUGCUUAAUUCCCUUUCCUUAACAUGAAAUGUUUUUGUGUGUGUGUAUGCUGAAUACCAUGCUCAAAAUAAUUAGACAAUGUGACCAUAGGAUUAAUCCUCAAGCUAGCUGAACAUUUCUUAUAUAUUUCAAAGCAACUACACAAUGUGAGUACAGAGUGUAAUUCUAUUGCAUGACUUUUAGUGCUGUAGAAUUGAGUGCCUUUUACAACAUUAAAAAAACAAGAGUUUUUUAAUCCUAAAAUUGAUUUUUAACCCUAAUGAAUUAAAAAUGAGCGAUUAAGUCAUCCUCUCUGUUUAAUAUCUUUCGUUGAUAUUUAUAGAUCACAUGCUUCUUGGAGCAAAAGCCUUAUUUUCCUCUGUUAUUUACUGUACACCAUUGGGGUGAAAUUCACCCCCUUUAGAGUUCUAGCACGAAGUCUAUGCAGCACUUAAGUCCCAACUAAACCCUCAAAAUAGAGUUUAAAUGAAACUUAAUUGGUGCCUAGACCUUUGCCAGCCCUCUGAUCAGGGAUGAAUUUCACCCUUCUCAUUUAACAAAUAAAUUAUAGAGCUGAGUGAAUAAUUCAGAAUGAAUAAUUUAUCCAGUUUGUCCAAUUUUUCCUGCAGUUUUGUCAGUUUUAUUCCGCACAAUAUUUUAACUCUAUGGUUUCCCACAGAUUGUUCUCUAAGUAUUUACUGUUUGAGGUCACUUUCGGUAGCUGGGACUGGCCAGAUUAAGUCACAAGGCAUUGCUUCUGUUCCAUGAUUGGUGAAAAUACAUGCACGUGCAAAUUUAAGAGUGUGCUUUGGGCAAAUGUUGCAGCAUGUGACUUUGAAAUUUGCUCUUUGCAACCACUUACGCUAAUUAAAUUUAAUGAUACGAAUGUUCACAGAUAGCAAACACAAAAUGAUGAUAAGAAUUUAAGAUAAUAUUCCUGAAAUAUUUUUAUUUGCAAUAUUAAUUUUGUUCUCACACAAAAACAGACGACAUUUCCUCUAGAAACUGCAUCAGCAGUUGAGUUUGGAUUUACCAUGACACCAAGAGCACUAAUUAAAAAACGAAGAAGUCUUUCUUCCUUAGUUGGCUUACUACUUUUCCACUGUAAGAAAGUUAAUCAUAAUGCCAAACUUAAGGAACAUCUGUCUUUUACUGUUCCUUUCAAAAUUUAUAUAUUCCCCAAGGGCCCAAUCCUGCUCUCAUUGACUUAAUCAAGAACAGGUUCAAUAUUGAAGCGUGAUUUUGGGUUACACAUUGUUCCUAUUGUGAUGAAAUUGAUGGUUUAUGGUGGUCUAGUAAAUAGGGGCCUGGACUGGGAUUACUCAAGAGAUUUGGGUUCAGUCCCUGGCUAACCUAUAUGCUUACUAUGUGACCUUGGGCAAGUCAUUUAAUCUACUCCAUUCCCCAUCUGUAAAAUGGGGCUAGUCCUUCCCUAACACACUAGGUUGUGAGUUUCAAAAGCAAAUCAAGCAGUUAGUGCAAGGGAGUAGGAAUCGGAAGUUCUGGAUUCUGGCUUUGAGUCACUUACCCUUGUGCCUCUGCUCUUAUUGGUCCCAAAUUAAAGGGACCAGUUCUUAUCAAAAUGAAUAGAAAUUGGGACACCAGCUGUUGUACACUACGGGGGAAAUUUGCUGUAAUGCUAACUGCCAAGGGCCAGCAGGCCCAGAUUCCACUUAAAUUCUGGUUCAGCCCUUGAAAUGGGGUUUGGUUAAGUGAGACUUAACUGGUCCAGAAGCACUGGCUGCUGGCCCUUUGUGUAGGGGUGAAUUUUACCCACUGUAAAUAUCCAUCUUGUAUUAACAUAUUUGUUUUAUUUUUUUAUCCGAAGGCGGGUUUUUUUCAUUAUGUGAAUGUAACCGAUGCCAGCUGCACAUUUUAAACCCAAUCUGUGUCUUUAGAAAUGUGUGAUAAUAUAAACGGCAAUUAAUUUAACACUUAAUAUUUAGAUGUUUAUGAUUUGUGUGUAUGUGUGUGAUUGAAAAGAGGUUCUAAUUAUAUGUAAGAGUCAAUUUUAUUCGCAUCAAUAAGUUAUGUCUAAUAAAACCUGAAAUAACCCUUG